CCAAGUGAUUGAAACGAUUUGGCUGCAUCAGAGCCAGAAACAAAACAGAAGCUCUAAAAUCCACCGCCCGCCGAUCAUGCUAUUUCUAAUUGUUCUUCUCUGCGUCGUCCCUUUGAUCUUCUUCUAUCUUCUUCAUCAACACAGAACCACGGCCUCAAGUAACACCCCUCCCGGUCCUCCAGGUCUUCCUCUCAUCGGUAAUCUUCACCAGCUUCCAAGCUCUGACCUGCACCUCCAUCUAUGGCGUCUUUCCGACCACUACGGCCCUCUCAUGCAGUUGCGUCUCGGUUCCAUACCAACCUUAGUUGUUUCUUCUGCAAAAACUGCGGAGCUCUUCUUCAAAACCCACGACCGCCAAAUCGCCAGCCGGCCAUCCUUAUUCGGUCAAAGGAAAUAUUCUUACAACUGUUCGGACCUGGUUUUUUCACCUUACGGUGAUUACUGGAGAGAACUCAGAAAGCUCUGUGUAGUUCAUUUAUUCAACACCAAACGCGUCCAGUCUUUUCGCGCCAUCCGAGAAGACGAAGUGCUCCGAAUGAUGAACAAGAUAUCAGAGUCGGCUUCUCUUAAUCAAGCUACCAACUUGAGCGAGGCGGUGAUGCGUCUCACAAGCAGCAUGAUUUGCAGAGCUGCUUUUGGGAAGAGAUAUGAAGAUGAAGGAAGCAAAAGGAGUCGGUUUCAUGGGAUGUUGAAUGAAGAACAGGCCAUGAUCGCCGCGUUUUACUUCACAGACCAUUUUCCGUUGAUCGGAUAUUGGGUUGAUAGGUUCAGGGGAAUGAUGCGGCGGCUCGACAAAAGCUUCAAGGAAUUGGAUGAUUUCUACCAGAAGAUAAUCGAUGAUCACAUCCAUUCAAAAGCCCGUAAAUCCGAUCAAGAAGAAGACUUCAUCGAUGUCUGCCUUGGAUUGAUGAAGGAGACCUCUUUUUCAUUCGAUCUCUCCUCGACUCGCAUCAAAGCCUUACUCAUGGAUAUAUUCAUAGCAGGAACUGACACGGGUGCGGCAGCGCUUGUUUGGGCGAUGACGGCUCUGAUAAAAAAUCCAAGAGUGAUGAAGAAAGUCAAAGAAGAAAUCAGAAGCUUAAACCCUGGGAAAAGCUUCAUCGACGAAGAUGACCUUCAAAAGCUUAAUUAUCUGGAGGCGGUGGUGAAGGAGACCCUGAGACUGUACCCCCCGGCACCAUUAAUGGUUCCGAGAGAAGCAACAGAGAGAUGCGAGAUUGGAGGAUAUGACAUAGAAGAUAAGAGUGUGAUAUAUUUCAACGUGUGGGCUAUAGGGAGGGACCCAGAGGCAUGGGACAAGCCAGAAGAGUUCAAUCCAGAGAGAUUUGAAUCGAGUUCUGCAGAUUUCAGCAAGGGACAAGACUUUGGGUGGAUUCCAUUCGGAGGAGGAAGGAGAAUCUGCCCAGGAAUUCAGAUGGGUGUAGUCACAGUGGAAUUAGCACUUGCCAAUUUACUCAACUCUUUCGAUUGGGAACUUCCCAGAGGGAUGAAAAUGGACGACAUAGACACUGAUGUUCUUCCUGGAAUCACCAUGCACAAAAAGAAUGCUCUUUGCCUCAUGCCCGUGAAACUAAUUUAGGAUCUUUCUCAUCAUACAAUAAUCCCACCAACUACAGAGCAAUGGGCAUAGUUUAGUGCUGUUAUUAUGUUUUUCUUUUUAAAUUUAGGGUUCAUGCGCUGUAUUGGGUGCGUGCUUCUGAUAUAAUUAGAGCCAGAAAAACAGGCCAAGUCCGUCGAGCUAGCCCGUUUAAGCCCGUAUAAGAGUAGGGUCAAGCUUGUAAAUAGAACUAUAAAAUAAUAAAUCGGGCUUAAACGAGCUGGCCCAUUUAAGCCCGUUUAAUAUAA